AUGGUAAAUGGGAAAAAAUUAUCGCAUUUGUCAAGAAAUACUAUCCAUUGGAGGUACUCGACCCGCAACUCGGAAACAUCUUCGGACUCCCCCUCGUACGCUUCUUCGAACUUCUGUACGCACACUUCCUCGGAUUCCUCUUCGGAUACUUUCUCGGACUCAUCCUCGGAUACUUUCUCGGACUCCCCCACGGACAUUUCAUUGGACUCCUCUUCGGACACAUCCUCGGACUCAUCUUCGAAUAUUCUUACGGACCCCCCAUCGGACACUUCCUCGGACUCGUCCUCGGACACUUCUUCGGACUCUUUUUCGGACGCUUCCUCGGACUCCUCCUCGGACUCUUCCUCGGACUCUUCUUCGCACACUCAAAUCCCUUCUUUCGAUUUAAAAGAAACUUAA